AUGAGCAACAACCACUUCAAUCGCUUCAGAUCACACAGUUUCGAACAAAAUCUUCCCAUCAAACGCACUCUUGAAGAGGAAAUCGAAACAUCAAACAAAAGACCAAGGACAGCACCACCAUCGCCACCAUCAAACAUCCACUCAAAGGUAGUCAUAGGAAACGUGAUACGACCAAAGUUACCACCCACAAGUCUCAGAUCCAAGUCAUUAUCUCCUAACAAACAAAUUGUCAACCUUCUUUCACCAGCAUCCUCCCCAAUAGCAUCUCCUGAAAAGCUCAAAUUGCCAGGAAUUAAUGCAUUGAGUCCAGUCCACAAUGUACCCAGCUCGACGGUUUCACUGGAAUUUUUUGACACAUGCACAGACAAAAGCUGGAGAUCAGAAUUGUUGGACAAAAUCAUGAAGGAUUCAAAGACCUACCAUCUCACAAAGUACAACUACCUCAACAACGAUUGCAAACCAAACUUUACCUCAAAAUUGAGCUCAAAGAUUUCAUUGAAACCCACAGUGACAAUCGACAAGAAAAUCGAUUUCCCAUUCGAGUCAAACUAUACGUAUUUGAACGGUGCAUUCAUGCAGGAUGUCCAGAAUUUCCCCCAAUAUUUGAAGCUCGCUAAUAAGCCAAAGUCACCUUUCUCAAAGCCCACUGAAACCCCACGCACACUCCUGACAUCAGCAUUCACUCAACCAAGAACGCCAACUCACCAAACUGAAAAGUUGCCAAGCAUUCACGCAUUGCCGCUGGUCGGACAAUCAUUUAGAUCGCAUACAUUCCAUCCAGUCUCGCAAGAGCAAGUUCGGACAUCAUCUCCUUUAGAUACCCACAAGUUUGUUUUCCAAUCACCCAAACUGACUCGCUCUGACUUGCCACAAACACCAACUAAAACGCAUCAUCCCCACAAUCACCACCACCACCACCACCAUCACCACAACCACAACCACAGCCACAACCAUCAUCACCAUCAAACUAACACUAGAGCCUGCAUUUCUUGUGGCCUGCAAGACUCGCCUUGUUGGAGACCCUCAUGGUCCAUCAAAGAGGGCCAGCUAUGCAACUCUUGUGGCUUGAGAUACAAAAAGACAUCAGCAAGAUGUUUAAAUGAUGCCUGCAGAAAAGUACCCGCCAAGGGGGAGUGGGCUUUGAUGCAAAGUAAAGGAAAAGUGUCCUUCGAAGACGGUACUGACGGGUACAGUUGUUUGGAUUGUGGGUGGAAAAUCGAGGUAAAGUAA